GGGUGUUGCCAAAAAACACUUUCCUCUUUACCUCGAACCCGGCUAUGGCGUCUCGCAGUUGGCUCACUCUCCCACGAGCUCUCGCUUCACUCCAGAAACCCUAGCUCCAACGCUACCCCCGACCUCCGCUUCCCCUCUCUCCGACGAUGGCAUCCACACCGCCGCCCGUAAUCGGCAAGGCGGGUAACCUCACUGUCUUCAUCACGCCCCCGGCCGCGCGGUCCCCGGUGGAUACCCCACGCUCUCGUUCGCCCCAAUCGCCGGGAUCUGAGUUCUCCACCCCCAAUACUACUCCCCGCUCGCUGGCUUCGCCCGCGUCCCCGCCGCCGAAACAGGCGGCUACGCCGCCCGCGACGGCGAGGACGGUCUCGCCGCCUCCACCAGCCAAGACGGUCUCGCCGCCACUGCCGGCCGCCAAGCUCUUCCAGCCCCCGCCGGUGCAGGUGCCGCCGCCACAGUUCGAGAAGGCAGAGGCUAAGCCGGAUGGAUCGGCGUUAGCGUUUUUCUGGGACGCGGUUUUGCGCGUGCAAGAAGCGCACGCAAGCUUGGAUGGGUACAUUUCGAACUGGUUCGGGCUGGAUCAAUCCAAGUACCAGUGGGCGCUCAACGACUAUUACGAGACCACCGGAAAGGAGAUGGAUUUGGGCAAAGCUGGCAAGCCUAGUGAUAAGAUGCAGAAAGUCUAGUGAAAUUUAUUUACAGGUUUCAUUCGUAACCAAGCUGGUAUUAUGUGUAAAGUUGGAUUCUGAAGUGCAUGAGACGUGAAGAUGGAUGAUGCCCCCUUUUGCUGCAACUAGCAUGACUCAAAUCUGUUCGUGCGAAGGUAUUAAUGCGGUUGAAUUAACGAGGCUAAGCACUUUGUCAGCUUCUAAAGUGUACUCCUAUUAUCUCCUUUUGUCUGUAUGUAAACACAUUGCAUAUUUGCAAUGGUAUGGUUAGAAUGUUAGCUUGCCAAUUCAUGGGGUGGCAGCUUUAUAAAGUACCGAUCCGAUUUGGUUUUCGACAAAAGUCAAGUUAUCUGCA